AUGGGUCGGCAGUUCACUGAAGCCAACUUCCCGCAUCCUAAAGACCAUCUCGAUGAUAAUGAUGAUGAUGAUAAUGAUGAUGAUGAUGUUGAUUCUUACUUUUCUAAUAACAGCCAGGAAGUUCCUGAUGAAAUAAAAAAUGCUUUAGAUGCAGCAUUAUGCGAAACAUAUGCUACUAAAUUAGUGGUUCCGUUUGUCAUUAAUGAAUUAUCAUUCAUCAAUAGUUUAUCAAGCUGUCUUGAAGCAUCUGACGAAUACAACAAUAUUUUGGCAAAAAUCAAUCUACUAUCCUCAAAAGAAAUUCAAAAAAAGAUUGAUACUUUUAAAUGGAAAAUUAAACAACCUAGAUCGGUUAAUUCCAAAAAUGAAGCUGAAAAUUAUAACUCUGACUCUGAUACUGAUACUGACUCUGACACUGACUCUGAAUCUAGCGCUAACGUUAACGAAAGCCACAUCAGCAAAAGUAAAAGUGACAACAAUGUUGGCAAUAACAGCGAAAAUGAAACCCUAGAAGAGUAUUAUAUGGAGGCUGAUGAAUCAGAUUACGAUGGAAGUAUAAGCAUCAGUGAUGAGGAGGAUAAUAUCCAAGAUUUACCCGACAAAAUCAAUAAAGACGAAAUUUAUAAUAGUGACGGCAAACAGCCAAAUUUCCAAUCUUCAAGUCCUUCUGCUACACAAAGGCCAUUUUCUUCGAUGCCUGACUUAAUCAAAGUUAGUUCAUCAGACUUUAACCUACCACCUCCUCUUAUGCUUCAAGACACGGGGCUUCCUCCGGCGGUCAGUCAUUCAGAAAAUGGUCGCCACUUGAAUUCUGAUAAUUCUUUGAACUUCUCGUUAUUACUUCCUCCUAUACGUUCUUCAAGUUUGACACCAUCGGUGGGUUCAUUUUCCUUAAACACACAACCUCUACUGAAGCAUUCAAAAAGCAUUUCAGAUUUCCCUCCAUCAACAGGCGAACCCUCUCAGAAAUUUAACCCUGAAACUUAUUCAGGUUUUACUUUACCAUCAUUUGAUCUUUCGGAUCAUGAAAAAAAUUUAAAUCCUUCCACACCAGUGGUUCUGAGAAAUGAGAAUCGCACACCACCUAACUUGUUACAUAUUACCAAUUUUCAAGCAAUGUCGACACCCUCGACACCGUCAACUCCAAAAAAUCAAAAACUUUCAGAUGUAUAUCUUAAAUUUCCUCUUAAAGGCAACGGUGGCAGUCCAGAAAGUCCUUCUUAUAUUUUAACAAACAGUAACUUGCCAUACAAUAAUGCUACUCUGUCUUAUAGUCUUUUUUACAACGGUUCUCCAAAUUUAGACAAAAAGUCUGAAAAAGUUUCGGAUAUGAUUUUUGAUUUAGAUGAUUUUAAAAUAAAGCAAGAAGAAGUUACCGACGAAGAGAUAUUUCAAAAAUAUAAUACCCUGAGUGAUGUGGAAGAUACCUUUCAUCAAAGCGAAAACAUUCCUGGGAAUGAAGAUAGUCCAACUCAGUACCAUGGUAGCUCUGAUAGCUUUGAAAGUAUGUCAGAUGAUUAUGAAAAUUUUUCAGAAAAAUCUGAUGAACGUUUAGAACUUCCAGUAUCUUCUAGGAUGGUGCGUGCUGAUAAAGGAAAGGGGAUAACCAAAAAUACCAACAGGAAAAAAAACAGAAUUCCAUUCUUAAACAUGGCUGGUUCCAAGUUUUUAUCAGGUGAUAAUGUUGACGAUUUAAACACGUUUGGAAGUCCAGAAAUUGAAGAUUUUGAUAGCGAUCUGGACAUCGAAGACAAAACUGUAGAUGACUAUGUGAAGGAAAUCCAAGAUCUUUACACUGACUACUAUAAUUUUAUUCAUAACACUGUUGGACCUAUUAAGUUUGCCCCAGAAGAUGUGAUUAAUAGAGACCUUCAUUACAUGAACUGCUUUUUGAAGCAUAUCCAGGAUUUCAAGGUUAUCCCCAAACUUAGUGUUUUUGAACGCAGUGCUCUUCUUGAGAAACAGUUUUUUAAAACACCAAAAAUAAAUAAGCAGCAAGUAAAAGAGCUUGCAGAACAGUCUGGAUUGUCUGAAAAGUCUAUUCGUAUUUGGUUUGCCAACAAGCGAAGCCGAACCAAAAAAGAAAGACUUAAACAAAAAGAAGUACAAACCUGA